ACACCGGAGCGACAACCCAUCUUGUAGUACAAAAACCUGCCGAGACGCAUACUCAGAUACAAAAAAGCACCAAAUGGGAAAAAUUAAAUGCUUCCAAAAAUAUGCCUUAAAAAAAUCGGACACUGAAACACUGAAACAACACUUUCACAGGGGAAAAUCGUGGUUAUGGAAGUUUCUUUCUGGGCUUUGUCUACUGGUAUUCAUGUUUUUUCUGGUUAUAUGGUCUUAUAUGGGAAAUGGAAGAAAAAAACAGCCUUCACCCAGCUUUUUGUCUCAGCACUGUGCAGGUCUUCAGAACUCUUCAAACUCUGGCUCUCCUGCAGGAAUCAAUUCAGAAGUCUCAGAAAUGUCUCAGUCACCAAUAAACUCUUUUUAUUCUGAAUUUGGAAUCAGUUUAGAUGACUACUCCAGGUUACAGCAGGCUGUUUACUGGGACGGGCCUGACAGAUCAAUCACAAAUGUGUCCAUGAGUACUAGUCCAGCUUACGUCACAUUCAUCAUAGAGAACCUGAAAGAGAGCUACCAAACUGGUGAGGAACUUUUUGUUACGGUGCAUGCAAAGGACUUUUAUAAUAAAUCUAAGCGUUAUGGAGGCGACUUUUUUCAAACCAAGCUGUUCUGGUCUGAAACUAAGGCCAGUGUGUUUGGGGAGGUGGUGGACCUGCACAAUGGCUCCUACUCUGUGCGUUUCCUCCUGCCAUGGGUCGGCAAGGCCCAGGUGGCUGUGCGUCUAAUUCACUCCAGUGAAGCUGUGCAGGUCCUGAAGCAUCACAGAGAUACUGACUCUGACAGGGUGUACUUUAAAGGAUAUUACGAGGGACCAGGACCAAAUAAGACCAGGCUGAGGGAAACAGUGAUGUGUAAUGUUAAGUGGGACAAGAAUGGACUUAAGCAUAUGGGAACUGAAAAUUGUUGCUGUGAAUACAAAGAUCCCCGUACCAAAGAAAUAUGGCACUGCCAGAGACCCAAAUCCCUGCCAUGCAGUGAUCUUGUGUACCACUCUAUGGGUGGUUAUAGAAACCGUCUGACUGAUAGAGAGAAGGAGCUUAUGAAGCAAACUAACAAAGAUGUCAAUGGAGAUAAGAGCAUCAUCAACAUUUUUCAUUCCCAUGGAAAUGAAACUGUUGAUGUAGCAGAGAAAUGUCAUCCUGGUUUACACACUCCAGUUCCAGCUGGCUUCUACCUGAAUGAUGUGUGGACAUCUUUUGUCUGUAGCACCCGCCAUUUUACAACCCAAACGACAACAGAGUGCCUGAAAGACAAAAACAUUUACAUGAUGGGAGACUCUACUAUGAGACAGUGGUUUGAGUUCUUUGUGAAAGAAGUACCAAACCUGAAGCAGAUGAACCUGCAUGUCCAAUAUCAGUCAGGGCCGCUCCUAGCAGUGGAUGUGGAAGACAAAAUUGACUUACACUGGAGGGCUCAUGGGGUUCCUCUUCGCACUGAGAAAACAGAAAUUGUUAAUCUGCACUACAUCAGUAAUGAGAUCGAUGACCUGGCUGGAGGACCCCACACAGUCAUUAUGUUCAAUCUUGGGCCCCAUUUCACAACGUACCCUCUGGAUUUCUACACCCAUAGAGUGUUGACGAUCCGCAAAGCUGUUCUAGCAUUGUUACAACGGUCACCUGACACUACUGUUAUAAUCAAGACUGUCAACACUGGCUAUAAGGAUAUUUUCGGCAGUGAUUGGUAUUCUCUACAGUUGGACAGAAUCCUCCGUUGGGCUUUUCAGGAUGUUGGUGUUUAUAUUCUGGAUGUGUGGCAAAUGACGGCCUGUCACUACAGCAAAGAGAACAUUCAUCCAGGCCCUGUCAUCAUCAAAAAUGAGAUUGACAUUUUACUUUCUUUUAUUUGCCCUGAAUAAAUUUAAAUUAUUACAUUUGAAAAUUCAGGUCAUGUGCAGAAAAACUACCCUAAAAUACUUUGUUUUAUUUUAUUUUUUGAAAUUAUUUGUCACUCCUGAUGUUUGUCUAAUAUAGGCAUACUUUUACACUUUCACAAACCUAACCAAAUAUAUUUAAGUAGUUAUACUGGAUUAGGUAACAUUUAAAAAUACAGAUCAAAUAAAUGAAAAAUGAAAAGUGAAA